GGAAAACGAGCAUUUGUCCCUUCAUGGAUUUGCCAGUGGAAAUUUUGGACAAGAUUUUUGGUCCUGAAAGUGGGCUCAGGCUUCAGGAUCAUUUAGCGUUGUCGGGGACGUGUAGCAAGAUUAGACAGGCCUACACAGACAAUGUUUGGGCUGCCCUUAACCCGAUUCCACCACGUCUGUUUGACCCUCGAGACACGCGCCUAAUCCACAUUUUCUCUAACGCAGGGGACCGUAAUACGGACAAUGGUGACUCUGAAAUCACCCCGUCUCCUCUUCCUGGCCCAGGUGUUUUCCCCCUUAGUUCUGCUGAAGCUGCUUUGAGCAGACAAAAGGCCAUUGAUAGUAUCAACAAUUCAAGUGUUACAGCUGCUCAAACAAAGUCUAUGUAUAAGCUGAGCCAGAAUCAAGCUCUGAGUAUACCUUACACAAAUAGGCACAAUCCUCAUGGCAGAUACGCCGCGCCUAUACGAUUGUUUGUCGAGGCAAGAGUUCGUGCUCUGGCGUUCCGGAUCCACGACGGGCCUCUUGGUCAUCAAAAGCAUAUCAAAAGGCUAGAAACCAUGGCCGAGAAGGGCCGUGCUACGAGAGAGAGAAAUGGAACUGUUCAGGUCAAGAAAGUCAAUAAAACUCGGUCUUACCUUCCGUCUUUCAUGUGUCUAGGGGCUUCCUCCGACACAUACGUAUCAGGUGAAGAAGACUAUGCAGAAUAUUUUCCUCGAUAAUAGUGGUCGUAAUAUGAGUUGGAUGCUUUAAAUGGUUGUACGAUAAUAUGAUGUAUCUCGAAAAUAUCCAU